AUGGUCGUCCGCAAAUCUACACCUGCAGGCGCUUUCACAUCUGAAUCCACUUCGUCUCAUCUCUCUCCCGCCUCCGAACCUGCUUCGUUGACCUCAUCCUCGUAUGAGACUGUGACACGGCCGUCGAAUUCAACGUCAAACUCAUAUUCGAGCUCAUAUCACCACCCGAGACCCAACCCGAUUCUCGAAGGCGAAGAACCAGCAUCCGGUGCUGUGAAUUUUGACUACAAUGGAGGCCCAUCCGCUCCAAAAGGAGGUACAGACGAAACGCCUUUGCCGGUGAGACUCCAGGCAGGUGGUACAACUCGGAGCCUACAGAAUAUGCAUACUGGGCUUCCAGACACACUGAGGGCAUGUUUAAGCGGCAGUGGGAAGGCUACACCCAGGUCAUCUAUGGACAGUGAAAGGUCGAGAGACUUUUGGGAGGAGGAUGUACACGACAAUACAGGACGUUCGCAGCAUUUAUCCAACGUCGACAAGGCCGCUUUGUCUACACCAGAGCCAAUAUCCGCUUCUCUAUCACCUAGUAUUCCUGGUCCGAAUAUUCCGAAAUUGCCACACCGCUCAAACAACCCCUUUCGACAGGGAAAUUCGUCCACUUCCUUCACAAAGAACUCAGUAUCUUCAUCCAAUGCGUUCAUGUUCGAUAUUGACGAUCAUAAAGCUACAACCCCAGAGACACCAGUUGAGAUGACUGCGAAUCUCUCUCUCGUGGACCGACCUUUCUCGGAAUAUUCAACAUCUUUCCGUCCCUCUACUCUGAACUUGAAUAGUACAUUUCGGGAACUGGAACCAGAGCAGACAUCUCUUUGCGCUACUCGAGCACAACUAAAACCUUCCACUUUGCGUUCUCCCUCCCUUGAGAGCCCCCUUGGCAAUCACCAAUCAGCGCUGAUACCUGUAGCUAGUGAAAUGUCAGAGGAUACCGGCUCGGAAUCGCUGCACCCGUGGCCGUGGAAUGCUAUAGGUGGCUCAGCUCAGGACAAUAACAUUGUUAGCGGAAAUGCUAGGUCAUCGGUCGGCGUCAAUCUGGAGAAAGAAUUGCCCGCUACCCCCUCUGUAGACGCUCUCCAAACAGCCAAAGUUCUUUUGCCAGCAGAGCGAGACCCGAACAUCCCCCUCCAGGGGCCCAUUCCAUCACAGGGGACCAUACCUCAGAAGCCAGAGCUGUCCCUAGAUCCUCCACCAACUCCUUCACGACUUAGAGAGCAUUCGAAUGCAACCACGGAAGCCGAAAUGUCCAAGUUGAGAGAGCACCGGAACGAGACUUACCAGAUCAAGCAUUUCAAUUGGUUUGAUCACAACAGUCGGACUCUACGAAGGUCAUCAAUGCUCACACAGAAUAAGAACGGGCCCUGUCCUCUCCUUGCCCUUGUCAAUGCCCUGAUUCUUGGUGGGGAAAAUGACACUCAUUCGGCACUGGGCGCUGCCCUACGAACGAGAGAGCAAGUCUCUCUGGGACUGAUCAUCGAGUCUCUACUGGAUGAACUAACUUCGGAAGGGCGAGGUGGCCAGUUGACGGAACUUCCCGACGUCGAUGAGCUGAAUGGAUUUCUGCUCAGGCUGCAUACUGGCAUGACCGCGAAUCCUAGGCUGGCGUCCCAUGAGACUCCAUCUCCAAAUUUGAUGGAUGCACGGAAUUCUUCUUUGCAUCUUCCCUUAUCACUGAAUAACGAUAGGAAGCCAGGAAUUUUUGAGAAUACCCACGAUAUGCGUCUCUACGGUGCCUUCAACAUACCUCUUGUUCACGGCUGGCUUGCGCCUCGAUCGGAUCCUGCACGAGCCGCCUUUGCUCGUUCGGCUCAGACAUACGAAGAUGCACAGACCAUCCAGUUUAGGGAAGAGGAGUUGGAGGACAAGCUGUCCAGGGUGGGUUUGACAUCUGAGGAGCAACAGCUCCUGCAGGACAUUUCAUCCAUCAAGUCGUUUUUGGAGUCGUAUCCCACUCAGAUCACGCCUUAUGGUCUCGAAGUCAUUUACGAAUCGCUGUAUCCUGCCGGAUUAGCCAUACUGUUUAGGAAUGAUCACUUCAGCACUAUUUAUAAGCAUCCAGAAUCAGGUCAAUUGUUCACACUCGUUACCGAUGCUGGCUAUUCGGAUAGAGAUGAGGUGAUAUGGGAGAGUCUGGUGGAUGUCAGUGGACAGAAUAGCGAGUUCUUCUCCGGUGACUUCAGACCGAUUGGUAAUCUUGAGACAACUGCAAAGACUCAGCAGACUCCACUCGAUAGUUCAUCCACAAGUUAUGAUCCCCAGCAGCCGAGUCAACUUCAGGGAGCUCGGUCACCAGCCUCCUUCCAAGAACAACAGCAACAGGCAGAUGCUGAUUUUGCCAUGGCGCUUCAGCUGCAAGAGGAGGAAGAGGCUCGAUUGGAUGACCCUCGUCGGCGCUCCAACGCAAACGACACGAAUCGAAGUUCAGGUACCGGUCAUCCAAACCGGCCAGGAGAUCAGGAGGCCACCCGACCAGCAAUUCCGCCACGAAAUUCACAUAACCAGGGUGUUACUAGACCCGUCGAUCCCAGUUCAGACGAAGCUCCACCUCCAGCAUACGAAGAAGCAGCGAAAGGCAAACCUUAUCUCCCGCCUACAGGUCAUCCCCAACAUCCUUCUUUCCAUGGUCGCUCUCCGUCGUCAGGUCCUUCAACACCAGUGUACCCGCCUGCGCGACGACAAGCUGCUCCAAGGAGGAUGUCAGCUUUUCAAGAAACUUCUCAAUUUCAACCCAGUCCCCCUUUGACGAGACCACACACCAAUAAUAGCCUGGGCGUUUCGCAGUCUUCUGGCAGAUCACGGGAUAGAGAGAAAGACUGCAUUGUAAUGUAA